AUGUUCCGCGCCAUUCUGCCCAGGGCUUCUCCGCGGGCUGCCCUCCGCACUGCCAGCCCGAAGGCUGUCCCUUCGAACUUCAUUGCUACGCCCACGCUUUUCGUUGGACGCUCAAAACGUGGCUACGCCUCUGAUGCAGGGGAACACGAUUUGGUGAUCAUCGGCGGUGGUGUCGCCGGUUACGUCGCAGCCAUCAAGGCUGGUCAGGAGGGUCUGAAGACCGCAUGUAUCGAGAAGCGUGGCGCUCUCGGUGGCACUUGCUUGAACGUCGGCUGUAUCCCGUCCAAGUCCCUGCUCAACAACUCCCACCUCUACCACCAGAUCCUCCACGACACGAAAAAGCGCGGUAUCGAGGUCGGUGAUGUCAAGCUGAACCUGUCCCAGAUGAUGAAGGCCAAGGACCAGUCCGUUGAGGGCCUGACCAAGGGUGUGGAGUUCCUGCUGAAGAAGAACGGUGUCGACUAUGUCAAAGGCGCUGGCUCCUUCGUCGAUGCCAACACCGUCAAGGUGGACCUGUUGGACGGUGGGGAGCAGACCCUGCGCGGCAAGAACAUCCUCAUUGCCACUGGCUCCGAGUCCACUCCCUUCCCCGGUCUGAACAUUGAUGAGAAGCGCAUCAUCACCAGCACUGGUGCUCUGGCGCUCAACGAGGUCCCGAAGAAGAUGGUCGUCAUCGGUGGUGGCAUCAUCGGUCUGGAGAUGGCUUCCGUGUGGUCGCGUCUGGGUGCUGAAGUGACCGUGGUCGAGUUCCUGGGCCAGAUCGGUGGUCCCGGUAUGGACGCCGAGAUCGCCAAGCAGGCGCAGAAGAUUCUGGGCAAGCAGGGCAUCAAGUUCAAGACUGGCACCAAGGUCACCAAGGGCGAUGACAGCGGUGCCACCGUCUCCCUUGGUGUUGAGGCUGCCAAGGGUGGCAAAGAGGAGACCCUGGAUGCGGACGUCGUCCUGGUCGCCAUCGGCCGCCGGCCGUACACCGAGGGCCUGGCCCUGGAGAAGGCUGGUGUCGAGAAGGAUGAGCGUGGUCGCCUGGUGAUUGACCAGGAGUACCGCACCAAGCUGCCUCACAUCCGGGUGGUUGGUGACUGCACCUUCGGUCCCAUGCUGGCCCACAAGGCCGAGGAGGAGGCCGUUGCCGCCAUCGAGUACAUCAAGAAGGGCUACGGUCACGUCAACUACGCCGCCAUCCCCAGUGUCAUGUACACCCACCCCGAGGUCGCCUGGGUUGGCCAGAACGAGGCCGAGAUCAAGGCUUCGGGCGUCAAGUACCGCGUCGGCUCGUUCCCCUUCAGCGCCAACUCCCGUGCCAAGACCAACCUCGACACCGAGGGUGUGGUCAAGUUCAUUUCUGACGCCGAGACUGACCGUAUCCUCGGUGUCCACAUCAUCGGCCCCGGCGCUGGCGAGAUGAUCGCUGAGGCCACCCUGGCCGUCGAGUACGGCGCCUCCAGCGAGGACGUUGCCCGGACGUGUCACGCCCACCCGACCCUCUCCGAGGCCUUCAAGGAGGCUGCCAUGGCUACCUACUCCAAGCCUAUCCACUUCUAG